GGACGCCGGAGCCUCCAAGGCUCGGCGCCGCCGGGACCGCCCCCCGGCCGGGCGCUGCGGAGGCUGCGCGGGGCGGUUCCGGCUGCGGGGAAGAUGGCGGAGUGCGAAGUUUGGGUAUCUCCUAAUUGAGGAGAGUCAAAAUACCGACUGCAAGUGCACCCUCCUCAGUCAGCCUGUUGGAUGUUUCUGAGAACAUAGGAAGUCAUGGCAGAAAAUGAUGCAACACCAACCUUACCAAAAAAGUGUGGCCCAUACAUUUCAUCUGUAACCAGUUAUGGCAUGAAUUUGGUAAUUCGUGGUGUAGUGCUCUUUUUUAUUGGCGUAUUUCUUGCAUUAGUAUUAAACUUGCUUCAGAUCCAGAGAAACGUUACUCUCUUUCCCCCGGAUGUGAUCACAAGCAUCUUCUCCUCAGCUUGGUGGGUACCACCUUGCUGUGGCACAGCGUCAGCUGUGAUUGGGUUAUUGUACCCAUGCAUGGACAGACAUCUGGGAGAGCCACAUAAAUUUAAGAGAGAAUGGUCCAGUGUAAUGCGAUGUGUAGCUGUCUUUGUGGGAAUAAAUCAUGCCAGUGCUAAAGUGGAUUUUGCCAACAAUAUCCAGUUGUCUCUCACAUUAGCAGCCCUGUCCAUUGGACUGUGGUGGACAUUUGAUAGGUCACGAAGUGGCUUUGGUCUUGGAGUAGGAAUUGCUUUCUUGGCCACAUUGGUGUCACAACUUCUGGUCUACAAUGGAGUUUAUCAAUAUACAUCUCCAGAUUUCCUUUACGUUCGUUCCUGGUUGCCAUGUAUAUUUUUUGCUGGUGGAAUAACUAUGGGCAAUAUUGGCAGGCAGCUGGCAAUGUAUGAAUGCAAAGUCAUUGCAGAGAAGUCUCACGAGGAUUGAGGAGAAGAAAUAUGCACCUUUUUAACAGGAACAUAUCUGACAAAUGACUGUUGGAGGAGCAUAAGGAUCACUUGACUAUGAAAUUGCCAAAAUGCAGUUUUUUCCCUUGAGUGGUAUACUUUACUGCAAUCUGUGAUUGCUGCUUCUAUAGAAAACUUGGUGUCUGAUUUUGAUUACUGUGAAGCUACAAUAGUAUGCAAUACAUUUGACAAUAUUGGUUCAAUUAUAGGUUUCUUUUUUUUCUAGAUCUAAACUCAGUUUACCAUAAGUUCUUGUCUGUCCAUAAUGUUGCAGUGCCAAACUGAACCUUUGCACUAUGAUUCUGUAGCUGAAACUUCUGCUUCACUUUCAAGAUACAGUUUUGGGGAAUUUGUUCUUAAUAGCUCCAUGAAGAGACAAGGGAUUCAAAUUCAAGAAUGCAAAUCUUUUCUUUCCAUGAUGAUAGCCCGUAAUAUCUUUGUGAAAUUCAUGGAUUACAAGUGAGCUUCAGUGCAAUAACUGAUUUCUGCCUAUUAACACACUGUGUCAUUCUUCCAUCACAGGUGAGGAAACUUAGUACAGAUUGUCUGGGUGACUGUUGUAGCAUUUCAUUUGUCUGUAAUAUGUACCCAGUAUUACAGCACAUGGAAAUCAAAAAUGAGAGUGGAAAUGAUUUGCUAUUUUUAACCCUGGUACAUGUUUGUAUAUGGAUUUAUGUGGACAGAUUCUAUAACUGCUCAUUGUGUUGAGUAACCAGGUACAGUCGGGUCAUUCUUGUUCAGUCCCAUAAGCUGAUGUGUCGAUCCCUUAUGAGAAAAAUAAUCUUCAGGAGCUUUUUAUUCCAAAACUUAAUUCUGCAGAACUAAAUCAGCCACUACCAUAUAGUGUCAUAAACCCCUCCACUACCAAUGUUUCUCUUGACAGUUUUUGUCUGCCAGCUGCUGUGUUCUCAGAGGUUGGCAGAAGGAGACAAGGCUGUAAUUUAGGUACUGAUGUAGCCCUUACUGCUGUGACUAUGGUCCAGGCAACCAUAAAUGCAUUUGUUCUUGUAGCAAUUUUCUGAAGUAGAGAAAUACUGUUACCCAUAUUUAACAGGUGCCUAUGCACAGAAAGUCUGAUGGGACUGAGAACUGAAAUAGGUUGUAUGGUAAUCGUUCCCUUCUUAAGAAGGAUUUUAGUAUGUCACCUGUAUUUGGGGACUUAUGUGGAGUUUCCUCUUGGCUAUGCAGCUCCCUUCUCAGACCAUGACAUAAAAGAACUUGUGCAAGAAGGCAGAAAGACGACUUCAAGAGGACACUGUCAACCUGUGCCAGCAGUGAAUUUGGCAUGGGGAGUCUCUGUUCAGUUUUCCCCCUUCUGUCUCUGUGUUGACGAUGUUUUAAUGUAUUCGUUUUCCUUUUUUGUCUGUAAGUACUAUAUUUUAAAUCUUCCAUGAAAGGUUUAUAAGACAUGUUACAGUCACACAGGGAGGCUGGAGCUGGUCCAAAGAACAAACAGGUGUUUAGACAAGUUUUUAUUAAUAAACAUGUGUAUGCAUUGUAACAAAGCUUGAAACAGACAACUCUCUUUCAGUCUUAUAUGCUUAUCGCUAAGCCUGAAAAGUAUGCAAUGGAGUGCUUCCAAAAGUGUUGUAAUGGAAGAGAUGGUAACAAAAGGAAAAUUUCUUGAAUGGAAAAAUGUAAAAAUAAUAAACAAGCAAAUGGUGUAUAGACAGCUUGGUUCUGCAGCUCUGCAAAGUUUCAUGAGCAGAUCAUGGCUCCAUGACAAUUCAACACCUGAAGCAUACUUUCAAUGGCUAAUGUUUCAGGAAAGCACUUACAAAUGCACUUUGGUUUAAGCAGAGGUAGAACAUGUUUAAGUAGUUCCCUGACUAGAGAUUUUAUUUUAAUCAAACCAUAUGGUGAUAAGAAACAUGAUAUUUGUAAACCCAAGAAACUGUUGGGACGUGAACUAAAGGUGGAUUUCCUUAGGCAGGCUCUGGUGUUCCACUGAAGAAGCUGCUGGCUCCCUUUCCAUACAGUAUUUGGCCUCAUCCGACUUCUUUACUUAAACCAACAUCUUCAGCUUGAAGGGCGAUAUGAUCAGUCCCUUUUGAAUUAUCAGGGCAUGAAUGGCAUAAAGAUUCAGAUGUUUCUUAUCUUAACUGUAAGGAAUAACAUGGUACCUCAGUAGCCAGUGUGCUGACUUGGUAAACCAUUUACUUUCAUCAUGACUAGUAAGUGUAUACAACCAGAAAUGAGUAGUUCUUAUUAUUCAGUUGGUGGUAGAUCUGCUUUUACCUGCCAGUCUAUGUAUUUACACAGAAGAAGCCUUGUGUAUGUUAAAAUGUGCAGUAUGUGAGAAGUGGUUAUUGUGCAUCUGUGGCACCCACUUUACAAGACUUUGCACUCAGGUCCAUCUAAACCUGGUAAGACUGUGCUGUCCACUAACUUCUUUUAAAUUUCAUUUUGGAAAUUUUGAGCAUGUUGUGCAAAGGCAGCAAUCAUCCAAAAAAAAUUUGGGUGGAGUUCUUUAUUAUAUGUGUUUUAUUAUUUUUAUUCUUAUUUGACUGAAGCUGAUACAAGAUGAAGUGUCCUAUUUUUUCAAACUGCGUUGUAAUUGUAUGGCUGAUGUGUUCAUACACUGAAAAAAGUUCAUGAUGAGAAUGCUGACAUGGCCUUAACCGUGGUGGUGUGAACAUUCUGCUACUGUAUAGCCUGUAAUAACAUUAGACUGUCUUAAAAAUGUUGUUCAAUAGAGAAUGAAUAAGGUAUAUUUUAGAUACAACUUUAUAAGCACUAUAACUAAUUAAGCAUUGUAAGUUCUCUGCUGUUUAAACUGGCAAUUGCUGUUAAAAGCAAAAUGUGCAUUAAAUACAAUUACAACAUUGUUUAAUACGUUUCUUCUUUCUUUAAGAAAUGGUGCUGA